AAAAGACGCCACCAGCAUGACAGCAUGAAAGCAGUGGCCAUGGCUAUUAACCAUGAAGCUGGAGCAAGACACACCCGCCGCUUCCCUCUGUCAAAAAAAAGCCUCUCUGGUGCUACAUUGAACACAGACUCUCCAAAUAUGCCAUCCAAGUGUGAGAAAGCCCAACGGACUGCUUAACACCCGCUGUUCCAUCUGAGUAGGAGGUGGCAACAAAAGACCAAAUGCCAUGGAUGUAUUCAAUUUCACCUACUGGAAUGCCUCUGAAGGCAACGACACACAAGUUGUGGAAGAGAGCGAAAGCGCCUACAAGACUGUGGAGGUGGUGUUCAUCGUGUUGGUGGCCGGUUCCCUCAGUUUGGUUACAGUCAUUGGAAAUAUCCUGGUCAUGCUUUCCAUCAAAGUUAAUAGAAACUUACAGACUGUCAACAACUAUUUUUUAUUCAGCCUUGCAUGUGCUGACCUAAUUAUUGGCCUCUGCUCUAUGAACUUGUACACAGUCUACAUAGUAAUGGGGUACUGGCCCCUGGGGCCAGUGGUGUGUGACUUGUGGUUAGCGUUGGACUAUGUUGUCAGCAAUGCGUCUGUCAUGAAUCUUCUCAUCAUAAGCUUUGACAGAUAUUUCUGUGUCACUAAGCCCCUCAGCUACCCUGUCAAAAGGACCACCAAGAUGGCAGGAAUGAUGAUUGCUGCAGCCUGGGUCCUAUCUUUUAUCCUCUGGGCACCAGCCAUUCUCUUCUGGCAGUUCAUUGUUGGUGGGCGGACAGUGCCUGAGAAGGAGUGCUACAUUCAGUUCUUCUCUAAUGCCGCUGUCACGUUUGGCACAGCCAUCGCCGCCUUUUACCUGCCUGUCAUUAUCAUGAUUCAACUCUACUGGCAGAUCUCCAGAGCGAGCAAGAGCCGUGUGAAGAAGGAUAACUGCAAGCCAUCAGGAGCCAACCCAGAGCCCAUCUCCCCUGUCCAGAGGAGGAAUAACACACCAAAACCCAACAAUAACAAUGUGCCAGGGGAAGAUACGGGGCCUUCUCAAAGCCAGCAUGCUGAUGAUGGGGCUGUCCAGCAUGAUGGAAAAUUGCAGAAUGGUAAAGGACCUUCCUCAGCCACUGCUGACGGGGAAACCGAAGGUGACGAUUUGGCAAGGGAGAACUGCUCCCCUGGAGAAGAGAAAGAGAGCUCCAAUGACUCAACAUCUGGUAGUGUGGCCGCAUCCAACCAGAAGGAAGAGGAAGCGGCACCCUCCACGGCCAAUUCCAGCGCCGAGACAACCCAACCGCUCCCGCGUCAACGAGCCAAGGCAGGGGGCUCCAAACUGACCUGUAUCAAGAUCAAGACUAAAUCGCCCAAGGGUGACUGCUACACGCCAUCCAACACCACCGUCGAGAUCGUCCCAGCCUCUGAGCGGCAGAACCACGUGGCUCGGAAGAUUGUGAAGAUGACUAAGCAACCUCCCAACAAGAAGAAGAAAGCGGCAUCAUCACGGGAGAAAAAAGUGACCCGCACCAUAAUGGCCAUCCUGGUAGCUUUUGUAGCCACCUGGACUCCUUAUAAUGUGAUGGUGCUUAUUAACACCUUCUGCUCCAGCUGCAUCCCCAACACAGUGUGGACUAUUGGCUACUGGCUGUGUUACAUCAACAGUACCAUCAAUCCGGCCUGCUAUGCUCUGUGCAAUGUCACAUUCAAAAAGACAUUCAAACAUCUUCUCCUCUGCCAGUAUAAAAAUAUUAGGUCAGCCAGAUAAAUUUGGGCCACUUGGGAGGAAGAGUUUUAAGUAUGAGUUGACUGUAUGUGUGUGCCAUCCGUGUGUGUGUGGGUGUGUGUCUGUGAAAGAGGUUUGUGAGCAUGAUAAAUACUGCAAGAGUACAUUUGAAAUUACUUUCCACCAUUUCAUCAUUAGUUUUCCAGUUUCUCUCUCAAUAACCGGUUGUAGCAUUUUACACAAAUCCAACUGAUGCCAGUUGCGUUGAGAUGUGUCAUGCAGAAGCAGUGCAGAAAAGGAAGGUUGUGAAAAAUUCAGAGUUAUUCAGAGUUGUAAACUCAAAGAAAAAAAAAAAAAGAACAAGGGUGUGUAAAGCAGGGAGCACUUGGGAGUGACACUGGGCUGAUAAAAAAUGAAAAAAGAAGAGAGGAGGAAGAUCUGCG